GGGCGGAGUGGGGGGAGAAGGGGGGCAGCACCUAUUCAACCAAUGACCGGCUUGGCAGGCUUAGAUAGGGAUUUCACAAGUAAACAAUGAAAGUGUUGCUGCUGAAAGAUCCAAAGGAAAGUAAUAGUGGACCAGAUUCUUAUAUAAAGGAAUUCGGUUCACAUGGACUCAAAGCAACUUUAAUUCCAGUUUUAGCAUUUGAAUUUAUUUCUCUUCAAACUUUCUCUGAAAAACUUUUUCAUCCUGAUCAAUACCGUGGACUAAUUUUUACCAGUCCAAGAGCAGUAGAAGCUGUUAAAUUAUGCCUAGUGGACAGCUGUAAAAAAGAAGCUUGGAAGAAGUAUCUAAGAGAAGAAUGGAAUACUAAACCUGUUUAUGUGGUAGGGAAAGCUACUGCUGGAUUAGUAACUGAAAUAGGUCUCAAACCACAAGGAGAAGAUUGUGGAAAUGCUGAAAAACUAGCGGGAUUCAUUUGCUCCCGGGAGCCAUCCAAUUCAUUGCCUCUUCUUUUUCCAUGUGGUGCUCUGAAAAGGGAAACGCUUCCAACAAUGCUCAAGGACAAAGAUAUUAUGUUGGAAUCUGUUACUGUUUAUCAAACCAGUCAACAUCCUGACCUCCAGGAAUCCUUGACGAAUUACUUCUCCCAAGAGGGUGUUCCUGCUGGUGUUAUUUUCUUCAGUCCUUCCGGUGUCAAAUAUUGUCUGAAGCAAAUUUUGAAGUUGUCAGGUGAUUUCAUUUCCCAAAUUAAGUUUGCUGCUAUAGGUCCAACAACAGCUGAAGCUCUUGUAAGUGAAGGAAUCUUAGUAAAUUGUACAGCCAGUCGCCCUACCCCCCAGGAUCUUGCUGCUGAACUUAAAAAAUGUCUGUAGCUGUAAUACAUUUGAAAACUCUAUGAUUGAAAUUAUGUAAUUUGAAAUAAUGUCUAAAAUUAAAAUAUCUAAAAUUAAAAAUACUUUUUUCGCUAUUUAAUAUUGGAUUAUUUCGGCAAUCAUUGGAAGUAUACAUCUUUGAUGUUUUCAACACUUCUGUUGUAUUAGUAGCAGUGAUAAAUACUGCUAUACACUAACCUGGAUUAUAUGACGGGUAAUCUAAUGUUUGAUAAGAUAGCUUUGUUUACACAAAAAGGAACUGAAUUUUAGCUUUAAAUUAUGUUUUUGCAUUUCCUUAGUAGAAGAUAAAAAUAGAUGAUAUCAAACUUGAAUAUAUAUAUAAAUAUAUAUUCAUCAGGCUGUAUUUUAGGGAAGCAGAGCAGAGAAACACCAGUUAAACUGAAGGCAUUGGAUAAGAAAAAAGAAGUAAAU